AUGCCUCGAGAUCCGUUGAUAGCCCUGGUGGGCAAGCCUUCCUCUGGCAAAAGUACCACAUUGAACUCACUCACCGACACGACUGCCAAAGUAGGCAAUUUCCCGUUCACCACUAUAGAUCCCAACCGCGCGGUCGGAUAUCUUCACAUCCCGUGCGCCUGCUCAAGGGCGACUCUGCCAGGCAACGAGCCCACCGCUCCCGGGGACCCACUCCCUUUGUCGAAACGAUGCAAACCCAAUUACGGCGCAUGUCAACAGGGCGUCCGCAGCGUACCCAUCGAGCUCCUCGACGUAGCAGGCCUAGUCCCUGGUGCGCACCAAGGUAAAGGCUUGGGCAAUCGUUUCCUUGACGACCUUCGGCAUGCGGACGCGUUGAUCCACGUCGUCGAUGUGAGCGGCACGACUGAUGCCGAGGGCAAAGCCACACGGGGCUACGAUCCAUCCCACGACAUUGUAUGGUUGCGGUCGGAAAUCGUCAAUUGGGUGCUUGGGAAUCUGAUGCAGAAAUGGGGCGGCAUCAAGCGGAGACAUAUCGCGAUCAAAGCCACCGCGGUGGAGACAUUGCAAGGCCAAUUCUCAGGCUACGGAUCUAACGCCGCGGUCGUGGCGCGCACGUUGGACAAGAUGGGUCUCAAAACGCCGCUGCAGGAUUGGUCCGAUGCGACGGUCGAGAGUGUGGUCAACGCGUUUGUGGACGAGAAGUUCCCUACUGUGCUCGCCCUGAACAAAAUCGACCACGCAGACGCGGACAAGAACGUCUCCAAGAUCGCCAAAGCGGAGCCUCCAGAACGGAUCGUCUUAUGCAGUGCCAUCUCGGAAGUCUUCCUUCGUCGUCUGGUGAAGCAAGGGUUUGUCCGAUAUAUCCCGGGCUCGGAAUUUGUCGACACGCGCGAGGAUCUCAUAGAACAGGGCGAGGAAGAUGGCGGAGGCCUCAAGGAACUGGACGAGAAGCUCAAGACGCGCAUCGAGAACCUCAAAGAUAUGGUGUUAUAUCGCUUCGGAAGCACGGGCGUCAAUCAAGUCCUCACGCGUGCGUCCGAAGUCCUAGGAUUGACACCUGUGUUUCCUGUGCGAAACAUCGGAUCCUUCGGCAGUGGCGAGGCGGGCGCAGUUGGAGAGAAGGCGGCAGUGUUCCGAGACUGUGUAUUGGUCAAGAAAGGUAGUACCGUAGGGGAUGUGUAUCGAAAAGUCAUGGGCGACGCACCUUUGGCAUUUGUGGAGACGGUGGGCGGAGUGCGGGUCAGCGAAGAUGAUGAAGUUGCAGUGGGCAAGAACGAUGUGAGCCUUCUCCCCGCCUAUCCUAGAAAAUAUUUACUGAUCCUCAAAUCCCUAGAUAUUAUCUUUCAAGGUUGGCCGAGCAUGAGAUUUGGGUUGAUGGAUGGCUUGCGAUGGACGGAUCACGGCGCGGCAAUAGAAUGCAUUCUACAAUUCAGGAGAAAUACCUAUCAGCACCAUACGGCGACAAUCGGGCAGUACCGACAAUGUUGUGCUUUGGUGCACUGUUCACAUUCGCCAGAGACGAGUGCAGGAGUCAAUAUAUUUGUAUUUCCUGGGCUUGAUCCAUGGGUACAUCUGUGCAAAUGCGGUAAUUAUGUAUCGCGGUCAAAUGCUGUAACAGAAUCAUGGCCGAGGAGACCCUGUGUUGAUCAUGCCCCUCCGAAACGACCCCAGGAAUUGUUGGUGCCAAGCAUCAACUCCAGCUGUCCAAUUCAAGACUGA